AGUGAUGUGGGCUCGGGGUGGGAUCAUUCACUACUGUUUUGGUGUAUGGGGAAUGAUCAUCCUCUGCUGGGCACCCACAGUUGCUAUGUUUGUGAAUGCAGUACCUAGCCACCAGAGGGUGAUAAACACAAUAUAUUGUCCUCCGAGCCUAGCAGAGUAGUUCUGGGCUCCUGGAAGGAUGGUAGCUGUGCCCUGUCCCCCUGGGAAGCGGCUGCUGGACCCCUCUGAAGCUCAGCAGUUGGUCCUGAACGCUGUGUUAGUCACCAGGAUGAAUGUGCUGAGCAGUGGCCUGAGGGCUGUCAACAGAGGGAAGGUCUGUUGGUGUAAGUGACAGUGUGUUUAAACUGUGCUAGUUCUACCCAUGUAAUCCCCACAUGGACGCUUGCCUAUUCCAGCACCAGAGAGUUACCCUGGGAUAUCUAGGUUGGUUAAAUGCACUGAUUUAAUCAUACCAGUAACUGGUAAAACUGUCCUGUGUGGACAAGCCCUAAUUCCUGCCCAGCGGGUGUGGCUGUGAGCUUGCCAGCUCUCCCUUACUGUGUAUCACCAGGGUGGAAGUGAGAGUCUCAGCCCAGCAGACCACCAAUACCACACUGUCUCCUUAGGUCCUGGUGUUGCUCUCUGGUUCUGUGGGCUUUGUCUCCUCUAGGUCAUUGGUCUCCUCUGCACAUGAGCUGCAAGUACCACGUCAUGCAGUUCCAUCCAUGCUGAGGCACAUGCUGUUUGAUGCAUUACCGGAUGGGAGGCAUCACAGUGUGUUCAUGGGAAGUGCAGACGUGCCUUGUGCUGGCAUGCUUAGGACUUUGACCUACCCACCAUGCGGAGGGGCACACACCUUUCCCAUACUCUGGGGCAGGUGUAGAGGUAGCACCCUGCAUGCAUUGAAUAGUACUCCAUUCCCAGUUCCAGUCAACCAUGGUAGAUUAACAAACUAGGGACACUGCGGUGGCAGUGUGUGCUCUGAGGCCUGACACUGCAGCAUGGGGGCUCUUUACCUUCUGUGAGUCUCAAGAGCUUGCAGCGAGGCAGGGGGAAGCCCAGAGGAGUUGUGGCACUACAUGAACGCAGCACUUUCUGUAAUAAUUUGUUCAGUUACACCCUUGCUUUCAGAAUGCAGAAGUGCGGUCGCUAGAGUUACUGAAUUGGAGAGGUUCUGCUGGGAGUUUCUUUCCCUGAUGCUCUCUGGACUAAAUCUUCCUGGCAGCCUCCUUAGUGAAAUCUGGCCUGGCCUGGGCUGUACCAGCACGCCUGUGGCUAUGUGGGGUUUGAAAAGUCCGAGAUUCAGCCCAUUGUAUGUGCUGUCAGUUUCUCUGAAAUAAGCUGCUUCAGCUUCCACCCACUGGAUGGUGUCAGACCGUUCUUUGCUAGACUGACUUGUAGAGUGAGCAGCAUCCCAACUGUUGGCCAGUUACCUGAACCAUGCCCCUUCGCAGAGCUGCUUGGUGGUGGCUGAGUUUUUCUGUCAGUUUAGGGUAUUGCCAAGUAAAUUCCAGUUAGAGGAGGUUUGGAUUCCCUGGUGAAAACCUCCAUCCCUGCCAAUCUGAUCACUAGUGAUGGGGCCAGGUAAGUAACAGCGGCUAAGGCCUGGGUGUAGGUGAUUUUCCAUUUCCUCCUUCCGUAGAGGCUGGGGGGUGUGCGCGCUGUCCCCUGGAGACUGUUACUAAACACCUGUUUAUAGUAACCAUUGUGAGCAUCAGGCUGGAAAAUAUCCCCACAGUGCGACACUCAGUAGCAGCCGAUGCUGGAGCUCCAGGCAGGAGGGGCCACCUGUGGAAGAGGGGAGAAAAGGAAGAUCUGGAUUCUCUGAGAGCUGGGCCGAGAGAAACCCCAAAGCCAAGGAACCAAAUUACAUGGGCUGUGAGCAGACACUCCCACUGCAUCCUCUGUCUCCUGCCCAGGCUGGCUGCCAUGGAGACCAGCUGGGACAGCAGCCUCCACAGCUGGGCCGGGCCAGCCCCAGCUGUGAUCCAAGCCACCAUGUACUCCAAGGCAGUGCGGCAGGCUGAGGAAACCAGGGAAGAGCUGGAAAAGAUCCGGGCACGGAUUGACCAUGUGAUCCAGGCCUAUGAGCACAGUGAGCAGGUCUCGUCUGCCCCGCAAGCAGCCACAGAGAUUGUGGAAGAUGUGGAGCAGCUGGUAGCAGUCCUGGAGGACCCCGUGAAGAAGAGGAGAUACCAGCAGCAAGUGACUGUCUUCAUCGUGGGAUACCAGGAGUCCUGUGGGCAGCGCAGCAGCCUCCUGAGCCAGCUUCAGGAGUUCUUCAGCUGCUCUGCGGAGCUGGGGCUGGGGGACGAGAGCCACAGCCUGCCCGACGACUUCCCAAUGCACAUGGGUGACGUGGCUGGCACGGUGACAGCGGCUCUGAGCUCGGCAGAGGCAGCUAUGUCCCGCCUGGUGGAUCUGAACAAGGACAUUGUCAGCUAUGUGACCAGCGCCCUGGCCACACCCAGCCCCAAAAGGAGCCACAGGAAGCAAGUGGAGAAGGCUGUAGACAAGGCUAAGGAAGAGGUGGUCCAGAUCAAACGCAGGCUCCUGCAGGCUCAGGCAGACCUGGAGAUCAAGGAACGACAGCUGAAGGACCUGCAGCAGCUGAGUGAGAUGAGGGCAAAGGAGAGCCGGCUCUUCCGAGCCCAGCUGGAGAGCACCCAGAGACACCUGCAAGGCCAGGAGCAGGAGAGUGGGGCUCAGCGGGCCCACCUGGAAGCCGAGCUGAGGAGCCGGGACUCGUGCAUCACGGAGCUGGAUGGGUUCCUGCAGGAGAAGGCGUGGUUGCGGAGGGAUGCGGCCACCCAGUGCAGUGACUGUGCCCUGUCCAACCCUGCUGCAUGCCCAGGGGGGCUGCUCCUCUCCGGCGCGGGGGCUGCUGAGGAGGGGCCACCAGCAGGAAGGGAGCUCGGGGAAGGGCUGGCAGAGUCCAUGGUGCGACCUGAAGAGGGGUUCCAGAACCCAGAGGACACCCCGGGGCUGGGGGCCCUGGCUGGGCCAGCCAGAGGGCGCAGGGAAGCUGGAAAGGAAGAGGAAGAUGCUGAAGGGGAGCCAGCCACACACCCUGCAGGGGGUGAGAGGAGCCCCAGCUGGGGCACUGCAGUAGGGAAUGGAGCAGUGCAAACGCCAGAGGCCUCGGCUACCUGUGAGCUCCUGGCCCGGCGCCUGGCUGCCCUGGAGGCAGAGUUAGCUGCAGCCCAACUGCAAAGCCGUGAGGAUGGCGAGCACUGGGAGAUGCGCUGCAGGACCAUGGCAGCCAAGUGGGAGGAGGAGAGGCAGAGAUUAUGGCAGCACACAUGGCACCCAGUGGAGGAGGCGCAGCACCUGGAGACGAUGCGCUCAGCAGAGAUGGCGCAGCACCUGGAGACAUCCCAGACAGGGCAUCCCAUGAAGCAGGUGGCCGUGGUGCAGCCAGCGCGGGGAGGGGAGACAGCUCAGCAGGUGGAGACAGUGCUGCAGAACCUGCCAGUGCAGCCAAUGCAGCAGGGGGUGCUGGUGCAACUGGUGCAGCCAGUGGAGCUGGUGCAGCAGACACAGCCGGUGCCACAGGAGCAGCUGGUUGAGGGAGUGGAGACAGCCCCAAAGAGGUUGGCAGCUGGAUCGCAGUUUACGUUGCAGGCCAGAGGUUUCCCUGAGCUGACUCUGCCCCUCACCCCUGCUGGAAUAGCUGCUCCUUCCCCAGGGCCCACCAGGCAUGGGGGUGCUCCCAGAGCAGGUGCUUCCCCAGAUGCCCUGUCCCAGUCCCAGGGCGGGGCAACCCCAGCGCCUGCAGAGGGACGCCGUGGAGCUGACAGCCGCGUGGUGGCCUUCAUAGAGUCCUUGCGGGCAGGGCUUAUGGCUAAAGAGCUCCACGUGCUGGCUCGGCUCCUGGACAGCCCGUGUGGCGGGCUGAUGACAGCGACCCCUGAGGACGCAGCAGGAGCUGAAAUACACACGCUGCUUGGGAACGCUACCCUAGUUUUUUACAGCUUGCUUGAAGGUAUAAGCGAUAAUGACAAGAUGCUGCACCAGCCCCAGGACAUGAUGUCAGAUCAAGGGGGAGCUGCGGCACCAGCACUGGGAAAAGGCAUUGCCGUGGGUGGAGCAGGCCCGUUGGCUCUGGACCAGCACCCUGUAGGAGGCCACAGCUCCCAUGCUAUCCCGCUAACCCAAGGCCAGCUGAUGAGUGCAGGAGGGGGGCUGAGUCCCAGGUCCGAGCCUGGCAGCGCCGGGGCCAAGAGGAGAGCCCCCAGGGUCCUGUUUACUCAGCAGGAUGAGCAGCACAACAGGCAGGUGCUGAACCAAGGCGUAUGCAGGGGCCAGGUGCCAUGGGGCCUGUACCAGGACGCCAGCCUGUUGAUGGGGGGCUUCCGAUGGCUUCGCCGCCAGAGGUUCGAGGGCCUGGUGAGGGGUUACCUGGCCCAUGUCCGCAUGAAGGAGGCAGAAGAAACCUUGGAGCAACUUCAGGGCAGUUGUGGCUGUGUGAAGGCGCAGAGUGCCCUGGGGCGACUCCAAGCACUGAGGCAGCAGAGGCUCCAGCGCUGGCGGGUUGAGCGGUGCCGCAGCCGGGCAAGGCAGCUGCAGCUGGCAGAGCUGCUCAGCGAGACGCUGACGCGCGUGGAGGAGCAUUCAGGGCUGUUCCUGAUCCAGCCUGUGCUGCCGUGGGCUGGCCGGCCAACCGCACUAAUCCCUCCUGGAAGGAAUGACACGCAGCCCCAACCCGCUCCCAAGAUGCUGAUGCCAGUGCUGAUGGGACAGGAAGUGAGCAGCCCCCUGGCCAUGCACGGUCUCCGGCUGCACAGCCCAAGGGAGGCAGGACUCCCCAAGCUGUGGAGCUUCCCGGCACUGGGGAGCAGCGGGGCUUGGCCAGAGCGGGACUUGGAACGGCCAAGCCCACUGGUGAUCACCCCACGGCUACUGGAGAUGGACCUCAAUGGCUACCUGCUGCAGGAGCGCCAGCAGGAGGAGCCAGCCUGGCCCAGGCCCAGGCCCAGCCAGUCCCAGAGCCAGGCCCUUCGCAGCCUCGCUGAGGAGUUUCCUUCCCAUCCAACGUGGCGUGGCCCUGAUAGGCCCCAGUCUCUCGGAGAGGCCAUGAACACCCAGCUGUGGCUCCAAAUCAGUUCGUGAUCCUGUGGGCACAUUCCAGACUCCAGGACACAGUUGGAGAAACCAUCUAUUGGAAAUCAGCUGGCUGGGGAAGGAUCCCAGCCAAUCACAAUCCAGAAUCGCCACCAGCCCUCUGCCCUGACCUCUGCACGCACACGCACACACCCCAGCCCUGACCCCUGCACCCCUUCACACCCUCCUGCCCUGU